UGGGCUCUGGGCUGGGAACCACUCGAUGUGGGUUUUGCUCUCCUUUCUUGUCCGUCUAUUCAAAUCGCUCUGGAGUCAUUCUUUAACACCUUUAUGAAGACUCUCCUGGUUUUGUUUCCUUCUCUGAACUCCUGCUGGCCACAAGAUCUCCACCUCACUGCUUCACACCCGGUUAAAAAGCCCCUUCGUGUGCCUGAGCUUUGCCGGCCUUGCGAUCAAGAGGAGGGACUUAAGAAACAUGGAUUUCCUCUCAAGUGACAAUUUUCAUUAAUCUUCCACUUUUUGGGGAGCUUCUGAGGCUGCCAGAAGGAAAUCAUACUGUGAUUGAUGAACGAUGUCUGCCGAGGGCAUGCUGUGGGUGUCCUGGCAUCUUUUUCAAAUGUUUUUUUCUCUUUCAUAUUCCCUAGUGUAGGGUUGAGCGUUCUCAGUGAUCACUCUUUGGGUUUGUCAGGGUAAGCUGGAGAGGGACUGGAAUUUGGAAGCAGAAGAUCCAGGUUCGAUUGCCAGCUCUGCCUCUCUCUAGACCUUGGUCUCUGGCAGGUCACGUAGACUCCUGACUCUCAGUUUCCUGAGAGGGACAAAGAUGAGAAUGAGGCCUUCACCAGAAGCAUUAACCGAGACAAGCACUUGGCAGUGGCCUACUUCCAAAGAGGGAUGCUCUAUUACCGGAUAGAGAAAUAUGAUUCAGCUAUCAAAGACCUUAAAGAGGCCUUGACUCAGCUUCGAGGGAAUCAGCUGAUAGACUACAAGAUUCUGGGGCUGCAGUUCAAGUUGUUUGCCUGUGAGGUGUUAUAUAAUGUUGCUUUCAUGUAUGCCAAGAAGGAGGAGUGGAAAAAGGCUGAGGAACAUUUAGCUUUGGCCAUGAGCAUGAAGUCUGAGCCGAGACAUUCUAAAAUUGACAAAGCCAUGGAGUGUGUUUGGAAACAGAAGCUGUAUGAGCCUGUGGUGAUCCCUGUGGGCAGGCUGUUUCGACCAAACGAGAGGCAAGUGGCUCAGCUGGCCAAGAAGGAUUACCUCGGCAAGGCGACAGUGGUGGCAUCUGUGGUGGAUCAAGACAGUUUCUCGGGGUUUGCCCCUCUGCAGCCACAGGCAGCUGAACCUCCACCCAGACCCAAAACCCCAGAGAUCUUCAGGGCUCUGGAAGGGGAAGCCCACCGUGUGCUGUUUGGGUUUGUGCCUGAGACCGCAGAAGAGCUGCAGGUCAUGCCAGGGAACAUCGUUUUUGUCUUGAAGAAGGGCAAUGAUAACUGGGCUACGGUCAUGUUCAACGGACAGAAGGGGCUCGUUCCCUGCAACUACCUUGAACCACUUGAGCUGCGGAUCCAUGCUCAGCAGCAGCCCCAGGAGGAAGCCUCCCCAGAUUCUGAUAUCCCAGCUCCUCCCAGUUCUGAUGCUCCCGGAAGACCCCAGUUGCCACCAGGUCAAAAAGGAAAAGAAGAGUCCAAGGAAGUAAAGCUCAGCAUUCCCAUGCCCUACACGCUCAAGGUGCACUUCAAGUACACGGUGGUCAUGGAGACGCAGCCCGGGCUCCCCUACAGCCAGGUCCGGGACAUGGUGUCUAAGAAACUGGAGCUCCUGCCGGAGCACACUCGGCUGAGCUACCGGCCUCGGGACAGCAAUGAGCUGGUGCCCCUCUCGGAAGAGAACAUGAAGGCUGCCUGGGCCCAGGUGAAAAACUACAGCCUGACUGUGUGGUGUGAGAACACAGUGGGUGACCAAGGCUUUCCUGACGAACCCAAGGAAAGUGAAAAAUCUGAAGCUAAUAACCAGACAACAGAACCUCAGCUUAAGGAAGGAGGCCAAGUGGUAGCACUCUUCAGUUAUGAGGCUACCCAGCCAGAAGACCUGGAGUUUCAGGAAGGGGACAUAAUCCAGGUUAUAUCAAUGGUGAAUGAAGACUGGCUGGAAGGGGAGUGCAAAGGGAAGAUUGGCAUUUUCCCCAAAGCUUUUGUUGAAGAACACGCAACUACGGAUAUGGAAAGCUCUCCUAGAGGAGUCUAGGAUGUUCUAUAACCUACAAAGUUGGAGAAAAGGAACUACAGUUUGCAAAGUUUAGCAUGCCUCUGUAGAACACUGAACUGAGACAUUACUGUUUGGAAGUGUUAACUAAUCUACUUUUCCCACUGAAAAUUUAACCUAUUAGACAAUGAUGUGAGAACUUACGAUGAUGAUAACCCAGUGGUGGGGGGUGGGCUGGGAUAGAGUGGGUAGAAACGUCUGGAAGGGUAUGAGGUGUGUGUGUGUGUGUGUCGGGGGGGGGGGGUCUUCUAGGGUGUUCGUAAUGUUUCUUGCUUGGAGUGCUGACUACCCAGAUGUGUUCACUUUGUAAAAGUUCACUGAAUUGUAGACUUGCUGUUGGUGCACUUCUGUAUGUGAUACCUCAAUAAAAAACUUGCAAACACAA